UGUCUCCUCCCCCUCUUCCUCCUGCUCCUCUUCCUCCUUCCAGUCAAACCUGUUUGAGGAGACUCACCGAGCGCGAGCACUCAAAGUGAGGAGAACAAACGAAGGCCCGAGGGGGACUGGUCGCUUAUUGUGUGGGAGCUGACACAUAAGCAGAGGAAUAUGGGUGUUCCCCUUCCCAGAGGUUUAAGAUGUCAGGGCAGUGCAUGGUAUGGUGAGGUGGACCAUUGUCACAAGUCCCAGGGGUGGAGGAAUCUAGGUGGAGGAGGAAGAAGCGGAAGACGCUGCUUGAGGAGAGAGGUUCGACAUCAGCGGGGAAGAAGAACGAGAGAGAGAUCCAGACGAGGGGAGUUUCAACUUUCUCCCCCAAGACUCAGAGACCACCAGGAGACGGGGAAAUAUGCGGUUUUCACUCCUGUGGCUGAUAAGUCUGUUUGCAGUGCUGAAAUACUGUUGUGCAGUUGCUGACCUGAAGGACUGCGAGGCAGCAGGCAGCAAGUGCCACCCUCAGGCCGAGUGUCUGAAGGUCAAGAACAACUUCACCUGUGCGUGCCGCAUGGGCUACCAGGGCAAUGGUCUGCUGUGCAACGACAUUGACGAAUGUCUCAGCGGCCUGCACGGCUGUCACCCAAAGGCCCGCUGCAAGAACACCCUGGGCAGCUACAGCUGUGUCUGCCUCAAUGGAUACUUCGGAGACGGCACCAACUGCCAGGACAUCAACGAGUGUGAAAAAGAAAACGGGGGUUGCCAUGCUAGUGCCCUCUGUACUAACUACGACGGUGGGCGACAGUGCCAAUGUAAAGUUGGCUUUGUAGGUAAUGGUUUCCAGUGUACUGAUGUUAACGAAUGCGCUAACCAAAGGACCUGCCAUUGGAACGCCACCUGCACCAACAACCCUGGGUCUUAUGUAUGUACCUGUAAUGCUGGCUAUAAGGGCAACGGAAACUACCUGUGUCUUGAUAUAGACGAAUGUUCAGAGACUCCUCGUGUGUGUUCUUCCUCACUCGGCUACAAAGGCUGUAAAAAUCUGCCUGGCAGCUACCGCUGCACGUGCAGCAGUGGCUUCGAAAGUAACGGGCAGAGCUGUGUGGACAUCAAUGAAUGUGCAAGCAACAUCUGCAGUCUUUAUGCAGAGUGUGAAAAUACCAUGGGCUCAUAUCAGUGUACCUGCAACAGUGGUUUUGUAGGAAAUGGACUGACAUGUGCGGACAUAAACGAAUGCAAUGAAGUCAAUGAAUGCGACCCCAAUGCUGUUUGCAUCAACAGGCUGGGGAGUUACGAGUGCUCCUGUCUGGGAGGUUUUAUAGGGGAUGGUCGACUGUGUGAAGACAUUAAUGAAUGUGCAACACCCAAUAUCUGCCCCUCUACCACUACCUGUGUCAACACUGGUGGCUCAUUUUACUGCGACUGUGGCACAGGCUUCAUCUUUAAUAACUCCAAGUGCCAUGACCUAGAUGAGUGUGUGGCAGGCCGCUGCAGCCCUUACGCAACCUGCACAAAUUCACCUGGCUCCUUCUCUUGCCAGUGUAAAGCAGGGUACAGUGGAGACGGCUUCACCUGUGCAGAUGUGGAUGAAUGCUCGCUGGUUAAGCCAUGCCACUCCAAUGCCCUUUGCGUUAACCUUCCUGGCUCUUACAACUGCACCUGUCGGGCGGGUUAUUCUGGAGACGGGGUGAAUCAGUGCAACGAUGUAAACGAGUGUCUGGUGGACAAUGGAGGUUGCAGGAACAAAGCUACAUGUGUCAACAACCAGGGUUCCUUCUACUGCCAGUGCAAGUCGGGCUUCAUCUUGGUUAACCGUACUCUUUGUCAGGAUAUAAAUGAGUGUAAGGAACUGAGCAAUCCAUGUGGAGUGAAUGAAGAGUGCAAGAACAUCGACGGGUCAUUCGAGUGCCCCUGCCAGGUUGGUUACUACCGCCCUGCCAGCAACAUGGACUGCGUUGAUAUGGAUGAGUGUAAAAACAACCCUUGCCAUGUCAACGCCACAUGCCUGAACACCAUCGGGUCCCACACUUGCAUCUGUAAACGAGGCUUCACAGCAAAUGGCACCCAGUGUGAAGAUAUAGAUGAGUGUUCUGCAGAGGGUACAUGUCACCCACGGGCAAUAUGCACCAACUUGAUGGGCGACUUCUUUUGCUCAUGUCAGAAGGGUUUCGAAGGUGAUGGCUUCUCCUGUGAGGAUAUGAACGAGUGCACCCUCUCUAAUGAUAGUUGCCCAGCCUUCUCAAAGUGCAUCAACUCUCCCGGUGCUCAUGUCUGCUCAUGUUUGAAUGGCACAGUGGCUUUCAAUGACACCUGUGUGCCUCCCAGUCCGCUGUGUGACCCUGCCUGCCACAUUCACGGCCUGUGCCACCUUUCGUCUGCCGGAUACCAGUGCGUGUGUGACCUGGGUUACGUGGGUGAUGGGCUGACUUGCUCUGACAUAGAUGAGUGCCAGAGGGAAAACAUUUGUCCUGAAAAUGAGACUGAGUGUAUCAAUGUCCCAGGAUCGUUUUCCUGUGUCUGCAAAAAAGGGUACACUCUCAACGGAACACAGUGUUUCGAUGUGAACGAGUGUGAGACAGGGCAGCAGGAGUGCAGUGAGUUUGCCCAGUGUGUCAACACAAUGGGCAGCCAUUCUUGCCUCUGUCUGAGCGGCUUCACAGGUGAUGGGAAGAACUGCUCUGACUUUGAUGAGUGCCAAGUCCAAAACGGAGGAUGCCAUCCAGUUGCCAGCUGCACUAACACGCCUGGAUCUUUCUACUGUGCCUGUCCACUUGGCACAGAGGGCAAUGGCACUGACUGCCGGGAUGUGAACGAAUGUGAGCAGAACUCCACACUGCCACACAACUGCAGUGUUCAGGCUUUGUGCCACAACACAAAUGGGUCCUACAACUGCCAGUGCCAGGAUGGAUACCAGGGGGAUGGCUUUGUUUGUGAGGAUGUGGAUGAAUGUCAGCUGGCCACAACCUGCAGCAAGAACAUGACUUGCAGCAACACCCCUGGCUCCUUCUCAUGUUCAUGUAUCUUGGAUGUAGUGUACGACGUGGGCACAUGCGUGAGUGAAGAUACCUGCUUGAAUGCUAGUAGUGAAUGCCACCCACUGGCCAAUUGCCACUUUCACCAGGGUUCCUACUACUGUCAGUGCGUAGAUGGUUAUGAAGGAAGUGGCACCGAAUGCUGGGACAUGGAUGAAUGCGACCAAUCUCAAAAUCAAGUCUGCCCUGCCUUCUCCUACUGCUUCAACACUAAUGGCUCCUUCAUCUGUGACUGCUGGGAAGGGUUUCAGGACAAUGGGACACAUUGUCAGGACAUAGACGAAUGUGUGACGCGGGACUUCACCUGCCCUGACAACAGUACCUGCGCUAACAUAGAGGGGAGCUACAAUUGUACCUGCGACCCAGGCUUCUCAGGCAACGGCUCCCUGUGUAUGGACAUCAAUGAGUGCUCCCUUGGCCUAACCCUGUGCCCUAAUUUCUCCAACUGCACAAACACAGUUGGAUCUUUUGUCUGUGAGUGCUGGGAUGGUUACGAAGACAACAACACUGAUUGUGGGGAUAUCAAUGAGUGUCUCGUCAACUCAACCUGCCCUGAGCAUAGCACGUGCAUAAACACCAAUGGAAGCUACUUGUGUAUUUGUGACGGUGGAUUUUCCAGCAUGGAUGACUUGUGUGUGGACAUCGAUGAAUGUAGUGACACGGAGCAGAGGGAGCUUUGCACCAAUGGCACGUGUAUGAAUGCUAUUGGCUCAUAUUACUGUGAAUGCAUCAAAGGAUUCUGGAGUAAUGGGACAGAGUGCCUGGAUGUAGAUGAAUGCUCAGACUCCCUCAACUCUUCAGUGUGUCAGCCCCAUUCUACAUGCAUCAACAUGCCUGGGUCUUACCAUUGCCCCUGUAAUGAAGGGUUUCUUCUGAAUGGUACAGAGUGUCAGGAUGUAGAUGAGUGUCACCACCCAGAUGGUCCACCUUGCCCUGAGCACUCAUUAUGUAACAACACAGCGGGGUCCUUCUUCUGUCUGUGUUCUCCGGGGUACAAACCCACGAGCCUGGGCUGUGAGGAUAUUGAUGAAUGCAAGGACAACACCACCUGCCGCUUUGACCAGGUGUGCGCCAACCUGCCCGGCGCGUACAACUGCUCUUGUCCACUGGGAUAUCACGAGGAGGAACUGGCGUGUGUCGACACCAAUGAAUGUGAGAACUCACCGUGCCACCCUUCGGCACGGUGCUGGAACACCCCUGGCUCCUUUUCAUGCCACUGCCCUCUGGGCUUCGCAGGAAAUGGCUCGUGGUGCAAAGACGUGGACGAGUGUGUUGCCCUGACCAAACCGUGCCACCUUCAAGCUCGCUGCCAUAACACCCCAGGGUCAUUUGUGUGUGUUUGUAUUCCCGGAUUCGUAAGUAUGGGGCCGCUGUGUGUAGACUUUGAUGAGUGCCAACAGCCUAAUAAUAACAGGCAGUGUCACUCUGCUGCCACCUGCUCCAACCAUGUAGGAGGAUUCAAAUGCUCUUGCGGUCAGGGCUGGAUUGCUACCAAUAAAGACAAUGGUAGAGGAAAAGGAGGAUGUGUGGACUUGGAUGAGUGUGUGUCACUCAUGGCAUGCCCUGGGCAGACAUCCUGCACCAACCUGCUAGGGUCUUACAGCUGUUCCUGCCCCCAAAACAGCACAGUGUGCAGCGAGAUGACUCUGAAGGAGAGCAACCUGUACCCAUUUGGAGAAGAGGCUGGCGAUAAAGGAGUAAAGAUAGACAUAGAAGAUGGAACUUCCCCGUACAUCACACCACCGAUGGGUUUCCCCUUCUUGGGAACAUCGUACGACAGGGUUUAUUUUUCUGAUAACGGUCUUGUCCAGUUUCAAACUGUCGCUGAGAAUGAACAGUACUUGCUCCCGGCUCCUUCAGCCACUGGUUUCCCAAACAACAUGAAUGUGUCUCUGUUGGCGGUGUUCUGGGACGAUGCUGACCUCACCCACGGGGACGGACAACUGUUCUAUCAGGAAUACCAUGAGCUGCAUAUGUCGGAUGUCUUCUCACAGAUAGUGUUUAAUCGUACAGCAGAUGAAGUGACAAAGUUUGAGGAGCAGAAAAACAAGCCUGCCUUCACCCCGUCCUGGAUCCUCAAAAUCACCUGGGACCACGUGAUGCCCGUCUCCUACCAGAAGAUCAACUUCUCAGAGACGAACACUUUCCAGUGCAUCCUGACCACAGAUGGAGUUCGUUCAUUUGCCCUCCUGCGAUACGGGGACAUGAGCUGGGGUCCUGGCCAGAGGCAAUACCACGACGCUCUCAUCGGCUACACGGAUGGGAGAACCACCCACAAAGAACCCACUGUCCCUCCGGACAACCUCUUCGGGCCCAGGGGCCGAUAUAGGCCCCAGCAGAUGAAAGGCACCAUGGGGAAGUCAGGUCAGCUGGUGUAUGAUUUCUCGGGACCAGCAGGGUCAGACGUGGAUCCCAGUAUAAAGUGCCAGGCGUGGGCGAUGAAGGAGCCUAACCCUGCGCAGUGGACAGCGGGGCUGUUUUCAUGUCCCUGCACCCGCACCCAGGUUCUGGAGGACCUGUCGUUCCUGCAGGACACCACUGAUCUGGGUUCAGUGGUGAAGAAGCUGAGGGAUCAGCGGUGGGGGGGCGCAGGGGGCCACAUCUUCAAGUCUGUCCUGUCUAACAGACACGGUUCGGGGAAGAGGUGUGUGUAUGAGCUGGACGGGCACUUGCUGGCUGGGUACAAUGAACGCUACUUCUCCGGGCAGAGCUUACAGAAACACAUCGAUGAGGAUCUCCUGCCGUUCCAGUGGUGUUGUAUCCAGUCUCCUCUGUGCCACCUUUACCUCAACAAGAGACCGCUGGACCGUUGCCAAGGUUACAGCUGGGCGAGCCCAGACGGCUACACGCCGGCCAAGAAGGCGACGCAGGGAGUAGCGAUGGUGUACGGCAGUCUCCAUUUCAUCACCUUCGAUGGGACGGAGUACUCCUUCAAGGCCCUGGGAGAGUUUGUGAUAUUGCGUCUCUCCUCCACCACCGGCUCUAAUAUCUUCACCCUGCAAGGACAGACCGACAGGCUGCACACAGAGGAAAAGGGGAUCGUUGAGGUCCCAGUGGUGGUGCGCAUGGCUGCCUUCCACCAGGGCAUUGGCAAGAUUGAAUGGAGAUGUGCGGGGAAAGGAGACAGACUGCAGGUUUUUGUGGAUGAUUCUGAGAUCCUGGUCACUGUUGGUGUCGUGCACGUGGGUGAGAAGGACUUUGCCGUGCGCUGUGUGUCCCUGAUUCGCUGUGCAGUGGUGUACGCCAGCGGCCUCCAAGUGGUGGUGUGGCGGUCUGUAGGCCACAGUCAGCUGGCGGCCGUGGUGGAGGUCCCUCAGACCUUCUACAACCGCACUGUGGGUCUCAUGGGUCUCUGGAGCUCCAGACGAGCCGACGAUUUCCUCAUGUCUGAUGGCAGGCUCCUCCCCUCAGACACCCUGUCAGAGGAGAGACUGCACGGCUUUGGCAUGUCCUGGGCAGUUCCGGUCCCAGAGAGCCUGUUAUUCUCUCCUUCUCCACUGGUUCCACUGGAGCCCGCCUCCACUGAACACCUGCUGGAAAGCGUCAGUCCUGCUGAGGUGGAGGAGCUGAGGAGAACCUGCAAAAGCAACAUGCAGUGUGUCCACGACAUCCUCGCCUCCGGCAGUUCUAAACUGGGCCUGCAGACUCUGGACGCCAAGAAGCAAUAUCAAAAUAAGGCUCUGAUCUACGGUAACAUGCCUCCCAUAGUGACAGAGCCCACACUGAUCCGCUUUAAAGUCAACUCCACUGUCAGCGUUCAGAUUGUGGCUCAGGACCCAAAUGGAGACCCCAUCACCUACUCACUGCUCUACCCUAGACCUCCUCGGGCUUCCAUAGGCAGCGGUGACGGCCUCCUGACAUGGACGCUCCUCACCACGGAGCCCGUCCAGGUGACCAUCAAGGUCAGCGACGAGGUCACCGGCUCCCUGUUCACGCCCAUCCUGCGUGUCUGCAACUGCCUCAACGGAGGAGUCUGCCAGUAUGACAGCGUCACUGAAAACCACAUGCAGGGAAAGUUCCAGGUGGUCGGAUGCUUGUGCCCGAAGGGAUUCAGCGGAAAGUUCUGUGGGAACAAAGCAGACGUGUGUCGAGGCAAACCUUGUUUCCGAGGGGUGGAGUGCCAGUCGAAGUCAGAGCCGGGGCAGUUCACCUGUGGAGAGUGUCCUGAUAAUACUGUCUCAUACGGAAAACAGGGAUACAAGUGCUUUGAGCAUGACAUGUGCGUCCCUCCUUUCCCCUUCCCCUGCCACAAAGACGCCAUAUGCCACAGCACGAAACAAAACUACACCUGCACGUGUAAGCCUGGCUUUACAGGGAACGGACAGAACUGCACAGAUAUAAAUGAGUGUGUGGAGCUCUCAACCUGCCCCAAUGCCAAGUUUGAGUGCAGGAACAAGCCCGGCUCUGUGGACUGCUUCUGUAGAUACCAGAACACCAAGGACGUUGAUGGAUGUGGUGACUCUGCCAAUCCUCCAGGGUGUAAUGUGUUUAACGUCUCUGUGGGCUGGAAGAAGAGCAAGACUGAAGGACUCAAACAGCUGGUGGACAUUCUGUCGAUCGGUUUCCAAAACAAAUUCUACAACGCCAGUUACAAGGAUCCAGCCCCGGGGUCCGGUCUGGGUGCAGCCGAAUACCGUAUCAACGUGUCCAGUGACACCCCCCACUGGUACAUCAGAGACUACCUGGCCAGAGUCAGCGGCCACUAUGACAUCAGUUCUGUAGAAGUUGAUGAUCUGGACGAGUGUAAGGCCAAGGAGGCGGUGUGUGUCCAUCCUGCCCUCUGCGCCAACACUUACGGAGGCUACAGGUGUGUCUGCAAUGGCACGACCGACGUGGAUGAAACCCAGUCCUGUGUGUUAGACAGAGACCAGGUGAAUGAAAGGGAACUGGACCUUGUUCUGGGCCUGGUUCUGGGAAUCGGCAUCCCUCUACUUUUGCUGCUGCUCCUGGCUGCGCUGGCCUGCUUCUGCUGCUGCAAGAAGACGGUUACCGGAGACCUCCCCCACUUGUUGCCAGACUACAUCCAGGAGCAGUACAACCCUCCGCCCUUCAACUACUCCGACCCUGCCCUGCACUACAUGACCCACAGCAGCCCCCGGAUCAUAGACAACAUCACACCCAGGCAGCGCAUCAGAUAGCACAUACUAAACAACCGCAUGCACAGGCUUACAAACACAGCAGUUUUGGAGCCGCCGUAUAGGCAACGUUUUAUAUCGACAAGGUGAAUGACUCUUAUUUAUAGCGUGACAAACAAGUAAUUAAACCUGAGUGACUUUUAAAGUCAAUUAUUUCCAAGCAAUGGACCGCCGAGUUGGAACUGGAAGAUUUUUUUCGCCUGGACAACAGUUUACAGUCAGAGUCUGACCCAGCAGAACUCGACCACCUCUUGGCUGGAGACGGCGAUGAAAAGUAAACCACUGCAGUAGUCUUUGGCUUCCAGCUGAUACCAGGCCAACAGCCUCUGUGAUAGCAACAUUAGCAGAAUACCUGGCGUCAGGCUCCUGCCCUCUGCUCACAAUUAUAAUCCGGUAUCAAGGUUGUUAUGCUUCUAGUCCAAAAUGUGCAUAUAAUCAUCAAAACACCGUUGAUUCAAUUUGGUGUUAUUAUUUUGCUGGUUGCGGAAAGCAUUGAUCUCACUUUUGGAAUUACACUCUAAAUUAUUGUUCAGUGCUGGAUCGUGUCCCAGUUAAUUUAACACUGCAGCUGUCUUAUGUAAAGCUGGACUGUCAGAGAACGAUGUGUAAAUGUAAUGUGGAUCAUUAAAACUUCAGCAGCAUUGUACUUUGUGGUGAUAUUAUUUCAAGAGCAAAGCAUAUUGGAUAUUUGUGCUGUAACAAAUAUGCUGCUUUACUCGUGGGCGAACACAAUGGGAUUGUGGUUUUACUUUCACAAGAAGACCCGGGUUUAUAUUGAUAAAGUGUCCUUGAGCAAGACAGUCGAUUCUUACCAACUCUAGGGAUGUUUACCGUAGCUCACCCUGACCUCUGACCUCCCACAGGAUACGUGUCCAGCUGAAGCUGCUGUAAAAGGACUCAAUAGCUUAAAAUAAUAAUUUUCAAAUCUUAUUCUUUGCAGGGUGAAAAAUCUACCUCACACUCUGAAAUCACAACUUUCUCCUACUGUAUUGUAAUCAGGUUUUCCAUUGACAAUCAGUGUAGUAUUGAUCACUUUCUACAAAUACACAAUGGUCAUCAAAGUGGAAGUCAACAAUACUGACAUGCCAAUAUUGGAUUUUAAACCGGAGACCAGAGAUCUUUCAAUAUAAUCAGUGGUGGAGUCAAUACUUGCUCCCUUAACUAAAGUAAUCUGUGCAAAAAAUACUCCAUUACAAAAGUCUUACAUUUAAAACCUACAUACAGUAUUAUAAGCAAAAUGUACUUAAAGUUCUUAUAAUGCAUUAUAUUAUUGGCUCUUUAUUACUGAUGCAAUUAACA